ACUUCCAACACAGCGCAGAAACAAUUCAUAGGAAGAUAAACAGGAUUUUUGACUUAAUUCCAACUCUAGCCCAAAGAUUUAUAAAGAUUCCAAGUUCACUCCAGCCCCACCCGAAGAUUGUUUCGAACAACCGCUAUUGGCCUUAUUUCCAGAACUGCAUUGGUGCUAUAGAUGGAACACAUAUCCCCAUCACUAUUGCUGAAGAUAAGGCCCCCCCAUUUAGGAAUAGGAAAGGAACCCUCUCACAGAAUGUCAUGGUUGCAUGUGAUUUUGAUCUGAAUUUCACAUUUAUUUCAUGUGGGUGGGAAGGGUCUGCAUCAGAUGCAGGAGUUCUUCGUUCUGCUAUUAGCAAGGGGUUUCAUGUGCCAGAUGGAAAAUUUUAUCUCGUAGAUGGUGGAUAUGCAAACACGCCUUCUUUUCUUGCACCAUAUCGAGGAGUUCGGUAUCACCUGAGUGAAUUUAGGAGGCGGCGCUCAUCUAAUACGGGCUAUGCCGACCAUAGGGAGUUGUUCAACCAUACCCAUGCAAUCCUCCGGAACCACAUCGAAAGGAGCAUUGGUGUUCUGAAAAAACGUUUCCCUAUCUUGAAAGUGGGCAAUCACUACCCAAUAGAGUCACGAAUCAAGAUUCCGGCGGCAUGUGCUGUAUUCCAUAACAUCAUUAGAGCUCAAAGUGGUGAUGAGGCAUGGUUGGAUCACCAACCACCGUUAAUUCCACCAGAAACAUAUGUUGAUGUUCCAGAGGGAGAUGAUGUCAACCAACAUCAUCACAAUGAGGCAAACGAUGGAAACACUCUUAGAGAUCAGAUCGCGAUGCAAAUAUGGGCUGAUUAUAACAACUAGUCGGACAAUUUAUU